ACCAGCAUAUUUCAACGUUUGUUUUCCGCAGCUUUCUCCUGGUGAUCUCUGCUAUUUUAGCUCCCCGCUAAACUCCUGAAAACUCUUCCACCCUAGCGUUCAAUCCAGAAAUUUGGCGUUUUGGAGAAAUUGUUCACUUCUACCCCUCCGAAAUCUUGCGGGGAGGCAUUACUCGGCGCCUAAUUGCAUCUCAAUACAAGCUACGAUAUGGCAGUGGAGAACUAGGGUUUAUUCCUGCACUUGACAUUUGGAGAAUCAAUCACUCCUCAACUCCUUGGGCGACAAUGAAGAACUUUAGCAGAGGGGUCCUCAUGUUCUCCAAGAUUUAUGGCUCUGGUUUUCUGGUAAAACCCCGACCAUUUCAAAUUGGGGCUUCUAAUAUACUAGCAGUAGGUAAUCAACGGCAUAAAAGCAGUCUAGUAGGAACCUCAGAUACUACCCCAGCCACACGUUAUCCGAAAUCAUUCUGUGAGUGGCUAGCAGGAGUUAUUGAUGGUGAUGGAACUCUGAAUGUGAAUAAGAAAGGCCGUACUUCUCUUGAAAUUACUAUGGGACUCGAAGAUAUAGCACUACUACGAUAUGUCCAACAUAUGCUUGGAGGAAGUAUUAAAAUGCGGUCUGGUGCUAAAUCUUAUCGGUAUCGACUGAUUGAUCAUCUUGGUAUGAUUAAACUAAUGGAUUGUAUUAAUGGUAAUAUUCAAAAAUCUGCCCGACUAACUCAGCUGCACCGAGUCUGUCAAGUAAAUGAUACCCCUGUAAUUGUGCCUCUCAGACUCAAUGCUCAAUCAAAUUGGUUUGGAGGAUUCUUUGAUGCUAAUGGUAGCGUUGAUAUCACUGUGAAGAAUGAAUCACCCCAACUACAUAUUCGAGUAACUAGUAAACUGCUUCAAGAUGUGGAGCCUUACAAGGUUGUGUUUGGUGGAAAUGUAUACUUUGAUAGUGGACAAAAUGGUUUCUAUGAGUGGUCCGUGGAUACUCGUGAAGACAUUUCCAAAUUUACUGGUUACUUCAAAACAAGUACUUUCAGAAGUCAUAAAUCAAGACGCUUCUUUCUCAUCGACGAAUAUUAUCAUCUAUAUGAUCUCAAAGCUUUUGAACCUUCCAGUAUGAACCAUAAAGCAUGGCUAGCUUUUCUCAAGAAAUGGAACAACUUGGCUGAAGACUGUGCAUCCAAAACACUCAGCUUGAAGUAUUAGUGUCACCGUUGGACUUGUAGACACCCCCUCCCAAAAUUUUGGUAUCCAGAAGCACACAUUUGAAGCAUAAAUCGUUGCGCACCACGUUCACGCGACAAAUGUAAUGAAGCGACAACACGGCUUUAGCUUUACUGACUGGGAAGGCUUUCACCUUGUCCUUUGGUAAGUGUAGCCAGUUGUGCAGAAUAUGUUUGGACAUGUAUUGUAAACCAAGAGGUGGGAUUGUGAAACGGUCGGAGAGAGCAUCGGUUUGGUUCGGUCGGUUUCGGCCUAAAACUGAAUUAACUCACAUUAACCGACCGAACCGAAUCAAAGUUACUUUAUAACCGAACCAACCGAAUCGAGAAAAAUAGAUUCAGUUCGGUCGAUUCUGAAAAAACCAAAAUUGUCCAGUGCUAAUACUUGAAACAUUGCCAAACAUUUGAACGUUCUGCCAAUACUAAUACCUACUGCCAAUUGGCUAACAUAAGAACUAUUUUGAAUUUUUUAAGUACUAGACUACUACCUAGUGGCUACUGCAAAAAAUAUCCAGUAGAUGAAAACAAAGUAGUAAACAUCCAAGUUAAAAAUAUCCCUCAAGGCUCAAACUAUCCCAAAAUGACAAAAACACACUAUCUCUUAAGGCUCAAAGAGAACAUCCAAACGACCAAAAGGCAAUAAUAAUAUUAAUAACAAUCCAAGUAGUGAUUUAAAGAAUAUGAAACUCUAAAUACUCCCAUGAGUGGCCAUGACUUCGAUGCUCGAUUCCGUCAAAACAACAUGUCACCAAUCACCAUCAUUCUCUUUCUGAAGGAAAAAAAUUUAUUAACAUGCAAUCCACUUGGAAAUCGCUUUUUCGGGGCGUCGACCCAACGGACUUAGUACCAGGUCGGCACCGCACCGAAUAACAAAAUCCAGAAAAUAAAUAAAUAAAUAAAGUGGAAAGAAAGUAUUUAUACGUGGAAACUCAAAUUGGGAAAAAAAUAUGGGUCUUUUUAGGUGGUGCCAUGCCCAGAGGAGGAUUUUUAAUAAUCUUGGGAGAAUUUAUAUAUACAUCAUUGGAAGAACUUGGAGCCAUUAAUGGAGCUCCAGAACUCAAAGGGAAGAAGGAAGAAGAAUAGUAAUAGGAGCUCUCUCUAUGUAGAAAAUUGGCCUCCUCUUCUCCUCUCCGUAGCUUCACAUUUAAAUAGGAAAGAGAGUGAUUGAUGAAGACAAAAGAGGACAUCCUCCAUCUGAAGCCCAUGUGGUUUUCAUGUGAUAAUAUAUUCUGCGGGUCCCG